UCAUAUGUGCCGAGCUUUUAAAAAGAGGGGCGGGAGUUYCAAGUAACCCAACUUCGGCUCACUCAAGAUCGUAGCGCGAGAGCAUCCAGGUGGUCAUGAGAAGUGAUGAUGAUGAUGAGCACCAUCAAAGCCAUUAAAAAUUCAAUGGUGUGUUUAGUCCUGCUGCCCCGGUUCCUGGUGGCAGCUGUUGUCUUCUGGCUGCUGGACUUUUUGUGCAUCAGGAAAAGGGUUUUCCUCAGAAUGAGAGGUGAUGACUUGGAUCCUCCUCUGUGCAUAUCGGACUCCAAUCGCCUCUUCAGCCUCGAGUCCCUCAAAGCGGUCUGGCACGGACAGAAGUUGGACUUCCUGAAGGUGGCGCGCCUCGGGCACGGAGCGCCGAACACCGAGGUCAUCCAGCUGGAGGAGCAGCGGCGCAGCCGGAUCCUGGACUACGCCAGGGGCAACAGACCGCUCAUCCUCAACUUCGGCAGCUGCACCUGACCACCGUACAUGGCGCGCCUGAAGGCUUUCCAGGGGCUGGCGCAGCAGAACGCAGACGUAGCAGACUCUGUGGUGGUGUACAUUGAGGAGGCUCAUCCCUCUGACGGCUGGAUGAGCACCGACGCGCCCUACCAGAUCCCCAAACACCGGUGUCUGGAGGAGCGGCUGAGCGCGGCGCGGCUCAUCCUCCUGGAGGUGCCCGACUGCCAGGUGGUGGUCGACAGCAUGGAGAACUCCUCCAACGCCGCGUAUGGAGCUUAUUUUAACAGACUUUAUGUGGUGCAGGAGGGGACGGUGGUCUACCAAGGCGGCAGGGGACCUGAGCGGUAUCGGAUCUCAGAGCUCAGAGACUGGCUGAACCAACACAGACAGAGUCUUGAAAACACUAACACUCAAGUGAUUAAUGUGUAGAUUAAACUCAUUGUAUGUAUUUUUUUUUCUGCAAAUUGUAUUUAUUUUAUCAUAAGAUUGAAUCCUUCAACAUUAUGCUGCUGGAUUUCCCAAUUUUUUUACUUCAAUAUUUAUAAAUGUAUAAUCCUAUUAGCUCUCAUUCAUUAAAAAUGUUAAUUUGGGGCAUUUUUAUUAAUAAAAAAGGCAUUUUUAUUGUCCAACUGAUUAUCUUUUCACCCUGCUGUGCGCUCAGCCAGUCUGGACCUGGAGACGUGCAUCACUCUCCUCCCCCGGUAUAAGUUGUGAAGUUCGGUUUUUAAACGGAGCCAGUCCAGAGAACCGACACUGAGAUUUGWUUAUACUGGAGGAUCACAGUGAAGAUGCUACUCUCUGUCCUGCUGCGUUCAUACCUUUUAUGUUCUUUUGUAAAACAAAAAUUCAGUUUUAUGGAUAUAUUUUCUGUUAAAUAAAUGUUUUUUGUCUAAA